AUGAAUAUCACUCCAAUUGCAGAGCUGCGCCCAGGGCGAUAUGACUACAUGAUAUGCGUCCGAAUAUCCAGGAUAUGGGAAUUUAGAGGAACUAAUGAAGAUGAUAACAUCAAACAUUUAGAUCUGGUUUUACUUGAUCAAAAGGGAGAUGCUAUCUAUGCUGAGAUCCCACCUGAUGCUAUACCUUUAUUGAACCAAUAUUUACAGGAAGGAAAUAUCGUCUACAUCAGCAAGAUAACAGUUAACAAUGCUAAGCCCAGUUAUAGAGCAGUUGAUGUUAUUGGAAAAAUCAUUGCUGUUUCUAAUGCAGCAAUGAUUUCUACAAGUUCAUCAGAUUAUAGGAUGAGAAGAAUAGUCAAACUACAAGAUUUAAGUGGAAAAACCAUCGACCUCUCAUUAUCAGGAAAAAGAGCUGUUGAGUUUGAUGGAGAGACAAUACUGGAAGUUGGUCAAAAUAACCAUAUAAUAGCAAUAUUUGUUGGUACAUCAAUGAAAAUCCUUAAGGGAACAUAUGAAUUUCUAAGUGGAACAACAGCUUGUCGUUGGUAUAUCAACGAAAAUGACAUCCCUGAAAUCAAGAUGUUUCAGAAAUGCCUUCCACCACAUGCUGAUCCUAUACAAAAGCUAUACUUGCAAAGUGAUGAAGAUAUGCAACGGAGCAUUGAACACAAAACACUUGCAGAAUUGAAGGAAAUUGAUCCUUUUGUUGACAAGAUGAUAUGGGAUGGUUCUAUAUUAAAAUGCAAGAAAGAGAACUGCCCAUGUAGGCAGUAUGAGUACAAGUACAAAAUACCAUUCAUUGCAAAUGAUGGCACAGCUAGCCUUGAACUUGUGCUAUUUGAAAAGAAAGGUACAGAACUUAUUGGUAGGACUGCUGAAACUAUGAAAAGGCAAUAUGAUAUCAAUCAAACACCUCCAGAAAUAAAAGCAUGGAUAGGACAUAAAUUCACAUUCAUAGUGAAGGUUUUGCUGAACAUAACUAUCAACGCUGAUGAACCUUCAUUUGAGGUGCUGACAAUUAAAGAAAGAUUUGGAAGGCAACAUUCCAGCCAAGGCUUUAAGGCAACUAAGAAUCUUCCCAUCAGUUCAAGUUCAUCUCAACAACUACAUAAUUUACCUCCACUGGUGCCUAUACUAUCCAAGAAAAUACAACAUGAGAUAGAACCACCCCAAGAUAUUCAAAGCAUGGAAGUUGAACCAUAUAAUUUAGAAACAAGCACUUUGUCAGGAAAAAGAGCUUAUGAAGAUCCAAACAGUACAGAUCAGGAAAAUGAUGAAGAAGAAAGCACUGACUAUGGCUUCAUUCAGACAAAGGGCAAAAAGAAGCGUUCUACCUGA